CAGCAGCAUCCACUGAGUUGCGAGCCUCCGUCCACAAAUGCAACAUGACCGUUCGGACCUAAGCCGACCAGGCAAUUCAGCGUAUCUGGGUUGGACUUCAAGACCUUAUAGUCAUGAAGACGCUCAAUUUGACGUUCAACAGCCGCCGACUGCCGCAAGCCAUUCGUGAAUGCAAAUGUCCUGCAAAGCGAUACGUGCCGGCGGGCAAACAGCGGAAAGGGGGACCGGGAGGUGGCUCGCGGCCAGGAGGCCCGGCGAGGAAGCCGUCGCGUGGCGACGAGGGCGAGGGCGUGGCUGACACGGACGAGCUGCUGCGGGAGCUUAACAGUGGUGGGGCCGGGUGGCUCCGGGACGAGGAGGAGGCGGACUGGGGCCUUGAUGACGUGGCAGAGCACGCCCGGGCACGACAGCAGCGGCAAGCACUUACGGGUGGAGAUGGUGCCGGCGAUGCGGGCCCAUCCGCACCGAAUGCCGACGGUGAUCCGGCCUCGGGGCCGCUACGCGGCAGGCGGCGCCGCGGCGGCAACAUGUCUGCGGCGGCGCUGGAGCUAGAGCAGGGCGGGUCGCCUCUGGCAUCGGGCCUUGCUCGCAUCACCUCAUCCGGGCCAGAGGACGCGUCAGAGGCCGCCGGCGUAGCAGGCAUCCAGCAGGCGCAGUGGGUGGAGGAGUGGGUGGUGGGCGGCGGCGCAGGGCCGGCGCGCGGCACUGGCGGCGUGGGUGCGGGUGUGGGUGCGGGUGCUGCUGGCGCGCCGGGCGCUCCGGGGCUGGCCAAUGCCGGGUCCAUAGCGGCGGCGGCGACGGCUGUGACUGCGAUGGAGCUAGAGGAGUCGUAUGCACGCAAGAAUCCCGAGCUCGUGGAGGCGCUGCAGUUGCAGGGCAUCAAGAUCCGUGUACGGCGCAGUGAGGGCGAGUACGGAGAUCUGGACGAGAUACUGGAGGGCACGGCGGCCGCGGCGGCGGCGGCGGCGCUGGAUGAAGACGAUGAGUUUGGAUCCGACCUGGAUCUGGAUUUGGGUCUGCAGACGGACCUGGCGGAACCCGACGAUAGCCGCGGCAAAGCAAAAGGUGGCGGCGGCGGCGGUACGGAUUGGUACAGCAGUUUGGCAGCGGCUGGAUUUAGUGUACGGACGAGUGCCACGGGUGAGGUCUUCCUAGAGCGCACCACCACCAAGCGGAAGCCGGCGGCGGCCUCCGCAGCGCCGCCCGCUGCCGCUGCGGCCGCCGCUCCUGGCAACGCCGCAGCACCAGCAGCCACGACCACAGCGGCCGCGCGGAGUGCUCAGAAGCAGCAGGUGGUGGCGGCAGUGGCCGCUGCCGGCACAGCUACCGCGUCCUCGUCAGCAGCAGGCUCGCCAGCCGCUGCAGCCACCCCGGCCGAGGCUGCUGCAGUCGCGGCGCGGCAGCUACUGCCGCCGCUGGUGGGCCGGCCGGCUGUAGCAGCGGCCCUCAAGCUGCUCAGCACGCCGCAGCAGGUGUUGGACUUCCUAGAGUUGGCCUACCCGCAGUGGGCCGCCAACGGCUUCAGACUCCUGGACCAGCGCAGCGGCAGGCCGAUUCCCACGGCGCCCUCUCCCUCCGAGGCGGCGCACUGCCUGCACGCACUGGCGCUCACCGCCCGCCGCUCCGACAUCGGCGGCUGGCGCUGCCUGGACGUCGCGGCGGGCCGGCAGGCCCAGGGCUUGGCCGAGUGCCUGCGCGCCACGCCACCGCGCACGCUGCAGUCCGAUGCGGCCACCGCGCAGCUGUCGGCGCAGAUGUUCGACGCGGCCAGGCGCUACUGGCUCACCGACCCGCACCCGCUGGCCGCGGCGGCGGCCGCACCUGCGACCGUGGCAGCGGGCGCGGCCGGCGGUGCCGCAGCGGCGGCUGCGGCGGCGGCAGCGUCUGUGCUGCCCAUGCUCGACAACCCCCGUGCGAAGGGCCUGGUCUUUGACACGGAGGACCGGCCCACCGCAACCGGCAGCAGCUCCAGUGCUGCUGCUAUUGCUGAGGUUGCGGCGGCGACAGACUCUGGGGGUGUUUCAACGGCCGCGGCUUUGGACGAUGCGGAGUUUGAUGCGGAGCUUGAAGCCCUGGCCUCCCAGCUGCAGCAGCAGCCCGGUAGUAGCGGCAGUAGCACACCGUCUGGCGGUACCGGCGAGGAUGCCUCGUACCAGACGCUUGCGGCCAAGUAUGCCAUACUGAGCGAGCGGAAGAAGCGGCGGGAGGAGGCGAUAGCAGCACUGCGACAGGCCAAUGAGCAGCAGCUACAGCGGGCCAAACCGGCGCUCAAUGGCCAUGCGCCGUCGGGGGCAGCGGCUGUAGCAGCGGCAGACAAAGCGGUGGCGGCGGUGGUGGAGCCGCGUGCGUCGCCGGCGGCGGCGCCUGGCGGCGCGGCGGCGCGGGCGCAGGCGGCUAGGGCGGCUAAGGUGGCGGAGGCGGCGACGGCGGCGGCGGAGCGGUGGCUGGUCAAGGUGGACUGCUUGGUGGCGGCCCUGUGGGGAAUGAGCACACUGGGCGGCACUCCCUACUUUGCUGCUGAGACCGAGGCGCUGCUCGCCAUCCUGGUCCGCUGCCUGGCCUCGGCCUCCGCGGCCGCAGCAGGCGCCUCGGCCGCCUCGGCGGCCGCCGCCACCGCGGCAGCGGCAGCGGCCGGACAGGCAGGCGCCAGCAGCAGCACCAGCGGCAGCGGCAUUCCGGCGUCACUGGCGGGCGCGGGCUCGCUGGGCGGCUGGCAGGCGGGUCAGGUGCUGUGGGCGCUGGGCAACAGCCGACACGUGACGCCGCGGCUGCCCGACCUGGAGGCAGCCAUGAUCAAGGCGGGUGGUUUGAGCGCGAUGUCACCGCGCGACGUGACCCGCGUGCUGUGGGGCUUUGCCUCGCUAGGACAUACGCCCACCGCCCUGCUGCUGUCCAUCCGGCCCGACUGGUCGUGGCGGGAGCAGCAGCCAGGCGCAACGGAGCAGGAGGAGCAGGGCAAGCGCCGCGGCAAGGGGAAGAAGAGCAAGGCUAAGAGCGGUCGCGGCGGCGACGUCCGUGACUUCAGCCCGCAGCAGCUGGCGGGGGUGGUGUGGGCGCUGGCGGCGAUGCGGCAAGUGGACACGGUGCCGUUCAGGGCCGCGUGGGCGCAGCUGCUGCGCCGCGCGACCGAGGUGCCGCCCGCGGAGCCGGUGCUCACGCAGGUCUGGCAGGCCAACCUGGCUCUGCACCUGGAGUCUGAAGACGCCAGCCUCCGCGCCGCUGCCGCAGCCUCGGCCUCUUCCUCUCGCUCCGCCACAAUUAGCUUAAAUCCCAACACAUCCGCUGCCGCCAAGCGCCGCGGCGGCGCGGGCCCGAGCGGCCCCAGCGCUGAGGACCUGACGGCAGUCGGCCUGGCGGCGGCCGCCUCCGCACCCACUGCCUCCUCCACCUCCAGCUCAUCACCAUCCUCCUCCACGUCAGCUCCCACCGGACUGGACGCCGCGGCGGCGCGGGCGCUGCUGCUGCGCGCUCGGGACGUGUUCUUGUCUGCUACCAGCGGUCUGCGGCGGCGCGUGCAGAGCGGCUACCAGCGGCAGAUGGCCAACGCGCUGACGGCCAUGCGGCACAUGCACCUGCUGGAGGACAACAGCGCCGGCUACUCCAUCGACAUCACACUGCCGGCCCUGCGCAUCGCGUUGGAGGCGGACGGCCCCACACACACCUCACGAACGCCCGGCGGCGCCAUGCUGGGCGCCACAGCCAUGAAGCGGAGGCACCUGCAGCGCCUGGGCUGGCAGGUGGUCAACGUCACCUACACGGAGUGGGACAAGCUGUCAUCGGACGCAGCGCGGCGCGCGUUCCUGCAGGAGCGCAUCAACCAGGCCCUGGUCAACAGUCUUGAUGUUGGCGAUGAGCUAUAAAUGGCUGGCCUGUUGUGCGCUGAUGGCGGGGCUACUGCGCCGGGUGGCGGGCGAGGGCGGGCGCGGCUGGCAGAUGAAGCGGCUGCAAAGUUUACAAAUAAGAGGAUCAUCAAAUGUCAGGGUCAGGGUCUGCUUUGCAUGACGAAGGGAUGAGGACGCGAGACGGUUGCGGCAAUGGUGAGAAUGGGCAGGCCAAAAGGGCAAGUAGGCAUCGCAGGUGUGCCCUCCUUCCGGCUCGCUUCUUUCGGCAUGCCUACUAACCUGUAAACGCGGUGAUAA